AACACCUUCUUCAGCGAGACUGGAGCUGGAAAGCACGUCCCCAGAGCUGUUUUUGUGGACCUGGAGCCCACUGUCAUCGAUGAGGUGCGCAGUGGUACCUACCGCCAGCUGUUCCACCCCGAGCAGCUGAUCACAGGCAAGGAGGAUGCUGCCAAUAACUACGCCCGUGGACAUUAUACCAUCGGCAAAGAGAUCAUUGACCUGGUUCUGGACAGAAUCCGCAAACUGGCUGAUCAGUGCACUGGUCUUCAGGGCUUCCUGGUGUUCCACAGCUUUGGCGGUGGCACCGGCUCUGGUUUCACCUCCCUGCUGAUGGAGCGUCUGUCUGUCGACUACGGCAAGAAGUCCAAGCUGGAGUUCUCCAUCUACCCAGCUCCCCAGGUGUCCACCGCUGUGGUGGAGCCCUACAACUCCAUCCUGACCACCCACACCACCCUAGAGCACUCUGACUGUGCCUUCAUGGUAGAUAACGAGGCCAUCUACGAUAUCUGCCGUAGGAACCUCGAUAUCGAGCGUCCUACUUACACCAACCUGAACAGGCUGAUCAGUCAGAUUGUGUCCUCCAUCACUGCUUCCCUCCGCUUUGAUGGUGCCCUCAAUGUUGAUCUGACAGAGUUCCAGACCAACUUGGUGCCAUACCCCCGUAUCCACUUCCCCCUGGCCACCUAUGCUCCAGUCAUCUCUGCAGAGAAGGCUUACCACGAGCAGCUAACCGUAGCUGAGAUCACAAACGCCUGCUUUGAGCCAGCCAAUCAGAUGGUGAAAUGUGACCCUCGUCACGGCAAGUACAUGGCCUGCUGCCUUUUGUACCGUGGUGAUGUGGUGCCCAAAGAUGUCAACGCUGCCAUUGCCACCAUCAAAACCAAACGCACCAUCCAGUUUGUGGACUGGUGCCCCACUGGUUUCAAGGUUGGCAUCAACUACCAGCCCCCCACUGUGGUUCCUGGUGGAGAUCUGGCCAAGGUCCAGAGGGCUGUGUGCAUGCUGAGCAACACAACUGCUAUUGCAGAGGCCUGGGCUCGGCUCGACCACAAGUUCGAUCUGAUGUACACUAAGCGUGCCUUUGUUCACUGGUACGUGGGUGAGGGUAUGGAGGAGGGAGAGUUCUCCGAGGCCAGAGAGGACAUGGCAGCUCUGGAGAAGGAUUAUGAG